AUGGCUGUUUUAUCGGUGGCAAAGGUGAAGGAGGCGACGGCGCGCGCGUUCGACGAGCUGCAGCUGCCAGUGGGGGCGUCGGAGGAGCAGGUCGUGUCGCGCUUUCGAGUUAUCUGCCUGAACCGAGUGCUCUGCUCUCCGGCGGAAGACGAGCGCUUCCAGCGCCAAGCAGUGGCGUAUCGGUUCCUGUGCUCGUUGCCGCUGCUGCCGGGUGUUGAGUAUCGAGCUGAGCACUUGCUGCCGACAUUGCGUUCACUGGACCCUCAAGGCCACAGCAACGAGGCGAAUGAACGCGCGAGCGCCAUGCUGGACGUGAGCAUUGCGUCCAUGGAGCGCGCGCAGCAAGCGGGUCGACUACCGUACACGAACUUCGUGCUGAGAGUGCACUACUGUCUCCGUCGCCACGUGGUUCGUCGCCGGUACAGUGAGUUCCUAGCGCUGCACUCUUUACUCGAGACCACACUACCGGUUCUACCACAAUUACCCGAGCGCAACUGGGUGUACACUCUGAAGAUGCCGCCGGCCGAGCGCGCGCGCAGACUGGCGAGCUACUUGCAGCGUAUAACGACGCUGUUAGCUACGCGCGGAGUCUUCUCCCUCGAAGUCAUGGCGUUUCUCGAGAUUGACGUGGCGCGCGUCCGCGCUGAAGAAGAGGCUCUAGCUGUGGACAUCCUGGCGCGAUCCAGCAGAAGCGGAGGUGACAACAUCUUCUUCAUUGUUCACUCUAGCUGGAUCUUCUCCUGGAAGCGCUUUGUCAUGACGCACACGCUACCGCCCGGACCAAUCUCGAACCAAAACCUGCUGGAGAUGGCAACACCUGAGUCAGUUUCUCGCCGCCCCAAGGAGGGAUUGGUUGCCGCGCAGCAUUAUCGCUGUGUGAACGGGAGUACGUGGAGAUUCUGGCACCUCAUCUACGGCGGAGGACCUCCGAUUCGCCGUCAAACGCCGUCCAUCUACGGCCACCCCGCGUGUGAUCUCACUACGUUAGCCGUUCUCGUUCAGCGUCUUGUACGCGGGUUUCUGGCCAGGAGAACGAUGCACCGCGCCCGGAUCCAACAGACGCUGGAAGACCCCGCGGCGUGCCAAACGGUAGCAGCCAAGGCAAGACAUCGCACCCUGGAGGCUCGACUCGACAUCGUGCGGCAGUACGUCGAGGUGCGCGAGUUCCAGACGCGUCACGUUGCCGCCCUCAAGAUCCAGCGCGCGUUUCGAGUCUUCCUGCUGCGGUCCGAGCACGCGUUGCUGCUGGCUGAAUCCGCCGUGCCUGACAGCGCUACCACGCAAGGACUGCAGCAGAUCUGCGACGACCGACUAGCACUGGAGGAACUGGCCUUGGUGGAGGAUCCUGCUCUGAGACUGGCACAUUUUCUAGCGACGAUGCUGGCCGGAGUGCCGCUGCGGAAGCUGCGCGCGAGGAAAAAAGUACCAGCCUGGCGACUCUUUCGCUUGGACCCGAUCGCGUCGGAGUUGCGUUGGAGCUCGACGGAUUCCACGAAGACCAACGCGAUGCCCUUCGCUGACGUGGAGAAACUCACGACGGAGGCGCCUCUGGCUAAGAAGAAGCUGAGUUUUGUGCGGCGCAUGAGUUUCUCGGUUGGGUCUGACGACGGAGCAGCGCUGCGAGAGAUAGUAUCCGACACCUCCCAUGCCGUAGUCGCGACGUAUCGAGAGGGAGGAGUCAAGCGGGAGCUGAUGCUCAUUUGCGAGGGGCCUGGAGAGAUGGAGGUGCUGUACUUCGGACUGAGCGCUCUGGUCUCGGAGGCCUCGUCACGGACAGCGAACGGCGCGACGUUUGUCGAUGGCCACGGAAUUAUUCGCAAGCGCGUGCCACACGCCAAGAAGCUCCUGCGAGACGCUCACGUGCUUCUGGAACAACACCGUGAAGAAUCUCAAGAAAGCUAA